AUGGGAGAUACCUGCUCAAAACAAAGAAAAGCAAUCAUAAAAAUAGUCCACAAUACCUUUGAUGUCUCUCAAUUGAGCUCUGGAAUUCUAUUAAAUUUCAAUAAAAAGGCUCUGAACCAGCAAGAAAUAAAUGAUGCAAUUUUAUCAUAUGAGUCCCGGCUAACGAAAGACUCUGAAGACCCUUUAGCUAAUUUAAACAUGGGAAUUUGCUUAUAUGUGCAAGGAUUUUUAGAAGCUGCUGAAAAUCAUAUAUUAAAAUCAAUGAAAAAUUCAGCAGAGUAUAGGGGAUGCUUUGUACUGGGAUUAAUUGCUCACUCCCCGCCUCCGUGAGCGAACAAAACCAUAAUUAAUAUAAUGAAUCAUUAGCUGAUUUUUGUUUAAUUUAAACAAAUUGAGUUUUAAGACAUAAAUUUUAUAUGAUUCGUGCAUUUAUUUCUUAUCAUGCAUAUGCAUGUCAUUUUGAAUUGGUAUGUGGAAACCAAAUAUGCGUUUCAAAGCGCAGAUUUUAGUGCGGCAAAUUCAUAAUUUGAGAUCUCAUAUGAAAAUGGCGCGUAUAAAUGACCAUAAGAAAUUUAGCCAAGGGGUUAUAAUUAAAUUAUAUUUGCUUUAAUUUUUCAAAUUAAGAUUUUUUAAAAUUUCAAAAACAAAUUAACUCUCUUCCCAUACAGAACAAAAAUUUUUUUAUUCGCUCACGGAAGGGGGGAGUCAGCAAAAAUCCAACUAUGAAGAGUCAAUUAAUUUCUUUGAAAGAGCAAUUUCUUUGCAUACUUUAUUUGUUCCAGCUCUAUGGAAAAUUGCUGAAGUGCACUUGAAAAUAAAUAAAAUAAAACCAGCAAAAAAAUAUGUAAAAAGAGCUAUAGACCAGGAGCCAGAAAAUCCUGAUGCUUUAAAUAUUUUAGGCUUAGCCUAUUUGCAAAGUGCAAAGCUAUCAAAAGCAUUGCAAAUAUUGAAUAAAGCCUAUGAAAUACUCCCAGAUUCCUCCAAAAUCAAUACAAACUUAGGCCAUACAUAUAAAGCCCAAGAAAACUUAAAAAAUGCUAUAAAACACUACGAGCUUUCAGCAAAUAACUCUAAAGGUGUUCAACAAGGGAUAGCUUAUAUAGACUUAGCUUCAGCUUAUUUCGAAUAUGGAGAUAUUGGCCAAUCUUUAAACUAUUUCAAAGAAGCUGUAGAAUUCGGCCCUCAGGUGCUUUAUAUAAUAAAAAACAAAGGAUUUGACCUUAUGUUGUCAAAAGUAGAUAUUUUAAGAGGAGUCCAAGAAAUUUUAAAUCGCGACUAUGAUGAUGCGAUUAAAAGGCUGAAAUAUAUUUAUGCGAAAAAUAAAAGCAAUUUAAUAUCUGCUUAUUUGAUGGGGUUAGCUUAUGCAAAUUUAGGAAAUGCAGAAAAAGCACAGAAAUAUUAUAAAGAAGUAUUAAAAUAUGGAAAUACAGGAAUUAACUCAAAAAAACAAUUCGCAAAAACCUUGGUAUCCAAAGCUAAUAAAGCAUUAAUGAAAAUCAAAGAACUUAAAAGUGAAGAAAAUUCAUUCGAAGACCUUGAAUUCGAAGGUGCUACAGACUUCCCUGAGGGGUCACCAAACCAAAUCCCUUAUGCAUUAGAUAUCUCUAAAUCUGGUGCUAUUAGUAGAAAUAACAGUAAUCCUCAAACUCCUAAAAGAAGCAAUACGCCAAUAAAAGAAUUUAAUGAAAAUCCAGGCGAGCAAGCAGCAUCAGUUGAUAUAUCUGAGCUUAUAAAACAAAGCCCAAGGUAUCCUUUAUUUACUUCAGCGGUCAAGCCUUCUCUAAAACAAUUUGCAGCAAGUGCUGAUCCUAAGCCAGAAAAUUGUGAUAUUUUCUAA